ACCCCAGGGCGCAUUAUCUAGUGUGAUCAAGACGCUGAAACCCACGACAUGGAUAUACAAGUACGCGUGGAGAUACCCCAUUUCAGCGCAUUUUCGGCGAGCAGAAUGUAGCGCAAGUGAUGAACGCCAUGGUGGAGUUGUUGGAACCUGUUGUUUGGAACUUUACGCUGAAAUUGGAGAACGGCACGUGCGCUAAUGAGACUACAGCAGGACAUCCAGCUGACGAGUAUUAUAAUAUUGUUCAUGUCACCGAAACUAAAAUCCUUCCCGCGUUUAUUGGAUUUCUGUGCUCCACCGGGCUUGUUGGAAAUGUUCUGGUUUUGGUGACUAUUCUAAGGUCUGCCAAAAAGACAGUGCCAGACGUGUAUGUCGGGAACCUGGCUGUGGCCGAUCUGGUGCACGUGAUUGUCAUGCCUUUCUUGAUUCACCAGUGGGCGCGUGGAGGGCACUGGGUGUUCGGCAGCAGCCUCUGCACCAUCAUCACCUCACUGGACAACUGCAACCAGGUGGCCUGUGCUGCAGUCAUGACUGCCAUGAGUCUGGACAGAUACCUGGCUCUUGUUCAUCCAUUUCGCUUGUUGAGUCUCAGGACCAGAUCCAGGACCAUCCGCAUUAACCUGUUUGUGUGGGCAGCUUCUUUCAUCAUGGUUCUGCCGGCCUGGGUUCAUGCCAAAGUCAUCCGCUUCAGGGACGGUCUGGAGAGCUGCUCACUUAACCUGGUCUCUCCCAAACAAGUGCUCUGGUACACGCUCUACCAGACUGUGACGUCCUUCUUUCUGCCAUUACCUCUGAUCCUGACCUGCUACAUACUGAUCCUCUGCUACACCUGGAGAAUGUAUCGCAAGAACAAAAAGGCUCACAGGUACAACACCAGCCUGCCUCGGGAGCGUGUGGUCCGCCUGACUAAAAUGGUCCUGGUCCUGGUUGCGGUUUUCCUGGUGAGUGUUGGGCCAUACCACAUCCUGCAGCUGGUUAACCUGAGUGUUCCUCGGCCCUCGCUGGCAUACCACACCUGCUACUACCUGUCUGUGUGUCUGAGCUACGCCGCCAGCAGCAUCAACCCCUUCAUCUACAUCCUGCUAAGCGGACACUUCCGCCACCGGCUGGUUUGUCGAGAUACACCAAGCAUGCCGAGUGUGGAAAGAGAAAUCCAGGCUCCUCGCUCCAGCUUUUAAACAGAAUUCACACUGGAAACACAAGAUAAUGCUGGAAGUGGAUUGAUGAAUCCAUGAGGCUUUUUUUGGUCUCGUGUAAAAGGCAGCUGUUUUGGGUAAAAAUUUGUUUGUUUUCUUUUUACCUGAUAGAAUGUAUCUCACACAGAAGCAUGGGGUGUUUAAUAUGUGCACGAAUGCAUGUCUUUUCUUUUUUUUACAGCAGGUCUAUUCUGUGAAUGUGUUGUAAGUAUUGUGAUGUCUUAGCUCCCUCUGCUGUUUAAUUUUAGUAAUUUACAAUCUCAAAAAAUCUUCUUAUAUAUGUCAUGAAUACACAAAAAUGCUGGGUAUGAGUUGUUGGUUUAAACUUAAUGCAGGGACUGAGUUUGCCCAUUUUUGCCCAUAUUUUACACAAAUUCAGAUUUAUUUUAAUCAUAAUUUUAAUGUCUUUUUUUGCAUCUUUUUAUUAACAUUUUAACUGUUACAGUUUUCUCAGUCAAUUUGGCACAUUUUUCAGAUCAGAAUUAAAAUUAGCAAAACAGCAAGUGCAUUUCUCAAAACACUGUGUACAACUAACAAAACAGCAUGAAUCACCUGCAAAAGCCAGUCUUCUUGCUCAAAAUCCUUAGUUCAUCUCUCAAAACUACAUUACUGUAUCAAUGAACAAGUCAGUGCUGUCAGAAUUACGAUAAGACAGUCAAAUUACUUGGUUGUCAAUGUUGUCAAUACUAUAGUGCACUCUGGAGGGCUUUCCUGGUAUGAUUGAUGGCUAUUUAUAUUUUUUACUGUUUGUACUGUAAUGAUGUCAUUGUGAUGCAGAAAGGAAAAUACAGCACCGCAUAGCACAAAGAAAAAACAAAACAAAAUAGAAAUGUGAACAUAGCACAACCUCCUUUUAGACCUAAAAAUCUAGAUUUAUGUGGGAGAAAUUUACCAACUGUAGACAGAUUUAGAAAAAAAGUCUAAUUGAAUGAAAAAAUGCAUUAUGACAAAAUAUUAUGACAACUUGUUCAGUCAUUUGCAUGUAAAGACUUGCCAUGAACAAUGGAUUAAACUGUGAUGGGUGAGACUAUUUAACAUUUUGAUCAACAUGACAUAAGCAAUUGAUAAUGUAUAGGUAACAGCAGACAUCUGCGCACAGUCAUUAUCAUGGAUGUACAAAAACAUUUGCAACUUGUUCAAAGGAAUGAGAAACUGCUUUUCUGAUGUGCACAAGUUACACGAUGUGAAGAUUUAACAGGUAGUUUUGAGAAUUUCAAUUCUGAUCUGAGAAAUGAACCGAAGUGACUGAGACAAACUGUAAUCAUAAAACACUUUGAACCAAAUCAACAGACAAUGCCUAUUUAACAAUGCAAUGCUAAAGAAAGACAGAAUAAAUUAGAAACUUAUGUUUUGUAUUUUUGCCAUGAUGACAUUAAAUAAUAAUUUACU